AGGGAAAAUUCUAAAAAUUUUAGGGCAAAUUGAGUUUGUUGGUGGUGGCUGGGUGCAAAACGAUGAGGCAGUGGCACACUACGUGGAUAUUGUGGAGCAGAUGACGCAUGGACUGAGAAUGCUUCAAAAGUAUUUCGGCGCAUGUGGCACUGCACGUGUUGCCUGGCAAAUUGAUCCCUUUGGACAUAGCCGUGAGAUGGCAAAUUUACUUGCACUGGCAUAAACGAACAUCUUGACAAGUAUAUUCUACGCCGAUGGCUAUGGACCACCACCAGGAUUUUGUUAUGAUCGUGAAUGUAUGGAUCAACCAAUCAUGAAUAAUGUCAUUCUGGAAGAAUAUAACGCAGAUGCGCGAGUUGCUGAAUUCAUCAGCUAUGUUAAAAAACAGGUGGGCCACUGA